CGCAAUUGAGUUAACGUCACCUCGUCGAAAAUUACAAAUUCUCACACUCUGAGCAUUUACCCAACAACUCGCCUCUCACAGCAAAUAUGAGUGCAUUCUCUCGCACCACCACCACCACUUUUCGCACCGUUUUACAACCCUCACGGCGAAAUGCAACGUCUACUCUCGCUUGCACCUCAUCUACAUUGGCACUCCACAGAAAUACGUUUUCCCCGAGAGGAAUGGCUAGUUCUGCAUCUCAUCAUCAGACCAACAGUUCUGACACUCCGUGGAUGAUUGGUGCUGGUGUUGGCAGUGUCAUCGGGUUAUAUUUCCUGUAUGGAAGACGUAAAAGCAAAGACCAUGGCACCCACACCGCCCACCAUGACGACAAACACGCCAAAGAAAAUCACGAGGAACUAGCCAUCGCUUCAAGCCCUCCAUCACCUGCAAAUGACGUCGCGGAGCCACCUCUUACUACGAAAGAAGGGACGGCUAGCGACAUCCCUGAAGCCACAAAGCCAGCCUCACCAUCCGAAGACGCUCCCACAGAUAAUGCGGAGGUGACCUCCGUAAAAGCAGCCAUUAAUGCUGAUGCACCGAAAUCGGCCAAGGCCCGUGAGGACGAGGGUGACGCUGACUAUGUGAAAGUCAAAGCAGAGGAUGCUCGAGAGGAACGGGCCGGGUCUCAAAAGGAAACCUAAAAAUGAAACCUAAGAAAGUUGUCGAGGGUGCGCAACAGGCCCUGAAAGAGAACAACUGUGAAAAAAAAGGAUAGGGUGUCUGCAUCAUUGCACAAUUUUUCUUCCUUACUUUUCCCCUUCCCCCUUCGUCCAAGUCUGUAGG